GAAGGGGCCCACCGAGGGGAGCAGGGCUUCCCAGGGCUCCCCACACAGCCAUAGGGCUCUGUGGGGCUGAGCACACGUGGGCACAGCCAGCACUGGAUGCGAUGGGAGCAUCCAGAGAGCAGUGGAUGGAGGGAUAUGCAACUAUGCUGCGGAGCAGAGCACUUUGGGGGGGCUUUUAAGUGCUCUGUACCAGGAGUGCUGCUACCAUGAAGGACUUCACCGAAAUCACGCUUUGCCCCGAGGCUCUGGAGCGCAGCAAGGUAGGGCUGGGGCAGGGGUGCCACCCGAUGGGUCUCCACAGUGCAGUCCCCACAGUGCCACGCACCAUUGCUUUUGUUCAGACUGAGUUCUGCAACCCCGUCUUUGAGGGAGAGGAGCCCCUGGCAGUGCCUCCAGCUGAGCAGCCAACGGACGAGGAUGGGCUGGGAGCCACAUCACCCCAGGAUGCCCUCGGUACCUGCAUGGAGUUUUGGGUGGCACAGGGCUGGGGACACGGCAGCACCUCGCUCUGCCCUCUCUCCUCGCCCUCCCCAGGCCGGCAGCUCUGGGUGCAGGCGGGCUGGCAGUACCGUGCUGACUGCAGGUUCACCUGGCUCUGCGUGGCUCUGAUGAGUGCUGUUCUCCUCUUCCUCAUCGCCCUCCUGCUGGGCAUCGUCAUCCACCAGCUGACAUCCCCGCCACCACCUCACUCCCCGGCUGCAGCCCUGCCCGCCCGCAGCACCGCCACCACCACUGUGGCACCCAGCCAGAGAGACCCCCAGGACCCCAAACCCUCUCCCCCAACCCAUGGCCGACCACCUGCAGCCAGCACUCCGGCACCAGCGUGCGGUGGGACCCUGCGUGGCCCCGAGGGCUCCUUCAGCUCCCCCAACCACCCCGACCCCUACCCACCCCAUGCUCUCUGCAUAUGGCACAUUGAGGUGGCAGCUGGCAUGGCCAUCCAGCUGACGGUGGAUGUGUUCAGCGUGGAGGGCACCGCCUCCUGUCUCUUCGACCGGCUGGAACUCUAUGAGGAGCAGGGGACCCGGGGGGGCACUGCCAGGUUCUGUGGCAGCGUGGUCCCCCCAACCUUCAACAGCAUCUCCAACCACCUGCGUGUCACCUUUGUCUCCGAUGGCAGUGUGGGGGCACCAGGCUUCAGUGCUCGGUACCGUGCUGUGGCCCCCAGUGAGAAGAGCUGUGCAUGGGAUGAGCACUUUUGUGACCAGGGGCUCUGCAUCCACCUGGGCUUUGUCUGUGAUGGGUUCCACGACUGCGAGGACCGGAGCGAUGAGGCCAACUGCAGCGUGAAGCACAAAGAGUGUGGGGGGCCGCUGACUGCUCUGGAGGGGCACUUCUCCACCCCGAGCCACCCCCAGCCAUACCCACACCAGCAGCUGUGCCUCUGGCAGAUCUCCGUGCCCCUGGGUCACAUCAUAGACCUGCACUUCCACAACUUCAGCCUGGAGUCACACGAGGACUGCAGCUUUGACUUCGUGGAGGUUCACGACAGCGCAGGCACCGGGACUGCCAGCCUCAUGGGCAGGUUCUGUGGCCACCAGCUGCCACCUAACCUGACCUCAUCACGCCACGUCAUGACAGUCCUCUUUGUGGCAGAUGAAGGAGUAGCAGACACUGGAUUCUUUGCCACCUACCAAGCCCGCAAUGCCACAGAAAAGACCUGCAGCCCCACAGAGUUUUCCUGUGGCAACGGUGAGUGCCGGGCGCUGGAGUCCGUGUGCGACGGCUGGCACGACUGCCCCGAUGGCACCGAUGAGCUGAACUGUACUGGUGUCUCCUACCCUGCAUUUGGCUCCAUCUGCGAGCCAGUGGAGGUGGAGAUGUGCCUAGGGCUGGGCUACAAUGCCACCUCCUUCCCCAACAUCUGGCUGGCCAUCCCAGACCAGGCCGGAGCUGCCGAGGUGCUGCAAGACUACCAGACGCUGAUGGAGCUCGCCUGCUACCAGCACCUCCGCCUGCUCAUCUGCAGCCUCUUUGUGCCCAAGUGCACACCAGAUGGGGGUGUCCUGCAGCCCUGCCGUGCUGUCUGCCUGGCUGCUGAGCUGCGCUGCCAGCACUCCCUGGGUCUCCUCGGCAUCCUCUGGCCCAUCAACUGCAACAUCCUGCCCGACUCCAACGACCCCGUGGAGUGCUUCCAGCCCUGAGAUGGCGAGGAAAGAGGAGUGGAGGCCCAGUUCAGUGCCCAGAUGCCACGGGCUUUUUGCAGGACUGAGUUCCCAGAGAGGGAAUCUGAGCCCUCAGCAGCAGAGCUGUUAACGCUCCGUGAAUGGAGCAGGGCUGGGCCAGGGUGAGCUGGGCUACAGGCUGUCCCCCAGCCCCAGAGACAGCAAAAUAAAAAGCAUG